AUGAAUACGGAAACGGGAAUUCCACGUGAUUUAUUAUCAGCAAUUGGAGGAUGGGAGAAAAGAGGGCCAACAAAUGUCGCAGAAGUAUUAAAUAUAAGUACCAAUAAAUGGCAACGUGUAAAGACACUUGAGGAUAAACGUCAAAUAGCUUAUCAUGAAUGUAUCGUUAUCAAUAAUAAAUUAUGUUGUUGGUGGUUUUGA